AUGGCAUCACCCUCACAACAAGCCAUCGUCAAGCGACAGGCCGACAUUGACAUGGCCUUGAUGCCUCCUCCGCCACCGGCUAAGAAGAUCAAAAGACCCUCUACAGUUCUAGAUGAAGACAGCUACACAGACGCAUUAUCACAUAUUAUAGCGCGCGACUUCUUUCCUGGCUUACUUGAAAUGCAAACGAAACAAGAAUUUCUCGAUGCGUAUGAUUCCAAGGAUAAGGAAUGGAUUGCGCGAGCGGGCAAGAGGCUUUCAGAAGUAAUGACUCCUGGAGGCAGCUCGGCUAGAAGGGGAGCUAGUACACCGUAUCGGAAUGUGAUGGAUACACCGACAACAACUAGAUGGGGCAAUGAGACACCGGUCUCCGUUGCAUCGACGACUGCGACUCCCCGUUCGACAUUAUCCAGUGUCUCUUCAAAGGAUCGCAUUGAUGUAUCGAAUCUGAGCUUGAACUCGUUCCAAGCCAAAUAUACCAGCGAAGAUAAUGAAUCGUUCAACAGUCUACUGGAUAAACAGAAUGCGAAACGGAGGGAGAAAUAUGCAUGGAAAUGGAGUGGAAAUAAGAUUCUUUCUGCGCGACAGAUUGCGCAUCGUCAAAGGGAAGCAAAACUAAUUGAAGGUCAAGGUACCAGUAAGGAAUUGGUUCUUUCUACUGAUCUGGAUGCACGGCCUGCGGUGCCGGAUACGUGGAAAUCUGCAGUGGAGAAUUCCUUUAUGUUUACGCCUGGUUCUGUGGAAGAGCAGCAUGAGACUCGCCAGCAGAAAGCGGAGGCAGCUUCAAGGGCUGGACCGAAGCAGGUUGUGUAUGGAAAUACGAGGAUCGAUAGCAGUGCGACGGCGGGAUCCAAUGAUUCAUCAAUACCGCCGUCUCCUUCCCUCAGCGCCAUCAAAGAUGCAAUUGCCGGAAGAGUACGACAUACAGAUGAUUCGUCCAUAGGAGGAGAAUACACAGGUACCGAAACGCCACGAGUGAACGGAUACGCAUUCGUCGACGAGGACGAACCAGAAGACGACGACGAAGCUGUCUACGAGCGUCUCAAACUCCUUGCCAGCGAGCGCUUGUCCGGUGACACAACCCCAAACCCAUUCAAUAUCAAAGAAAACCGAAAACGGGAAGAUCUACAUCACCGAAUGGUAGACCGCGUGGCACGGAGAAAAAGAGCUGAGAAAGCAGGUGUCGCCAUCGGCAGUCAUGAUGCGCCACGGUUUCCCAGCAGUCCGAAUCCGAUGUUCUCGUCGUCAUCGCGCUUACGUACUCCCAUCGGAAGCAAGACCCCUCAGGGGAAACCGUUGACGCCGGCAGCGCAAAAACUGCUGGCUAAAGUGGGUAGUACGCCCAGACAGUCUUCGUCUUCGUCUGGGUUGAGGAAUAUGUGGACUCCGACGCCGAAGAGGAAGUAG